CGCCUUGGGCGCCUGCGCAGCGGCGCCGCCUGCCCCGCACGGCUCCGUCCCGGCCAUGGCUCUGCGGCUGCUGCGCGGCGCGCCCGGGGCAGCGAAGUCAUCGCUUCUUUGCCUCUCGCGAAGCAGCUCCAGCUCUAAGCCAGGAGGAAGAUCUCAACCUGCUAAGCAGCCACUAAAGAAACCAAAGUUACCAGUGGGGAGGUUUGAUGAACCAGAAGAGUCCAGUAUGGAGAAGGAGCCCCUGGAAAAAUUCCCUGAUGGAAUCAAUCCUACUACAAAAGAGAGGGGUGGACCCAGAGGCCCUGAACCUACACGUUUUGGAGAUUGGGAAAGAAAAGGACGUUGUAUAGAUUUCUAAUAUUGAAUGUAUUGCUAAUAAAAUAUUUCUAGUUGCUGAAAAAUAUAAUGUACAGAAAAAAUCUUACCUGGAUUUGUCAUGGAGCUUAUUGUUUCUGUUGUGCCACCACAGAAUGUGGUGAAUGUGAUGAAUCUUCUUAAUAAUGCAAUAUAAUUAAACACAGUACUGCAGCUCA